AUGCCCGAAACCCCAGCUCCAACCCGCUCCAAGGGCAUCCCACUGCGAGUACUGAUCGACCGAAGAGAGCACUUCCUUCCCGACAUGAUGUUUCGCUUCUUCGAGUACGCUGGUCGCCGGCCGAAAGCCCGCUUUUACAAGGAAGCCGAGAUCAUCUGGCAGGCCGUCUCCGAGAACACGUGGCAAGAGCUCGAGGCGUACAGCAAGGCACUCAGACUUUACUGCGAGGAGAUUGAGACUCGACUUGAGCAACGUUCGGGCUGGAACAUCUUUUCUCCAGAGGUAUGGGCGGUUUGGCUAGAGUCGAUGAAGUUCUAUUACGGGGAGCGUGGCCUCUGCAACGAUUACUGGAAGAUCAUCAAGUACUCUGGAUACCGUAAGUACUUCUGUGUGUUCUCGUGACCUCCGCGUUGUAUCUGCUGCGGUAGUGUCUGACUCAGACUCGCCCCCGCCCCUGUUCACAUUCGAUCCUACAAGUCUUACACGCCCUCCGGGACAGAUUCAUCUCCGAAUACAAUGCUAAGCACCCCGAGCUCGACCCUCCUCUUCGACGAUCCGACAAUCUCAUCCUUCGCCUAGGAUCGCUGCCGUCGUUUCGAAAGGAUCGCGUGGCCUACUUCUCAUUUCCCGAUCCAACGCCCAGUGGACCCUCUGGAUUCCUCGAAGGCGAGCGGGAGCAUCUCCAGAGUAGGUCUGAAUUUUCACCCAUCGCCCUAAAGGAAACAUCGGACUAA